AUGACUACUAUAACAAUGAAAUCAUUUUUUGAUUAUAAUUUUUCAAUGGAUGAUCGAGUUCUUUCAGAUAUAUGUGGAAAUAUUUUACCUCAAAUUCAUUUAUAUAUAACUAAACUUAUUAUAGAACAAAAUUCAAUAGAACGUAUUCUUACUAUUAAUUAUCCUCAACUUUAUUCAUUAUCACUUAUUAAUUUUGAAGAAAAAAUACUUUUUCAAUAUUUAAAAGAUCAUUCAAUUCUUCGUGAUCUUAUUAAUCAAAUAACAUAUUUGAAUAUUGAUAUUCAAAAUGCGAUAAUACCUCAAUUAUCUGAAAUUACAUCAAAUAUAUUUGCAUUAAUUUUAUCUUUAACGAAACGAUUAAUUCAUUUGAAUUUUUGUCAUUUAUUUUCUCAUCGUAGAACUUGGAUUUCGAUUUAUUAUUUACCAGAAAUAAGUCAUAUGUUUUCAAAUUUAACUCAAUUGAAAAUUAAUGUUGAAACUUUUUUUGAUUGUCUUUAUCUUCUUGAUGGACUGGUAAGAGUUAAUUCGAAUUAUAUUGAUGGUAUUCAAUUAAAUGAUGAUAUUCUUAUUCAUAUGCCACGAUUAAAAAAAUUUGCUUUCAGUAUAAAUACAGGAGCUAUUAUAGAAAAUACUAAAAUUCGUCUUCAAUCAAAUGAAGAUAUUCGAAAUAGUUUUAUUAGAAGAAGAUAUGGACAAGUUGGUUCAUAUGUUUUUUUUAAACAAAUGGAAGAGAUAGGACAUUGUCAUAUCUAUUCACUUCCAUAUCAAUUUGAACAUUUUUUUGGUCUCAGUAACUCUUUUCAUUUUCAAGAUGUUAUAUAUGAUAAAGUUCGACGAUUAACAAUGAAUGAUAUUGCACUUCCUUUUGAACAUCAGUUUUUCAAACUCAUCUCUUAUUAUUUUCCUUUUCUUAAAGAAUUAACUAUAUUUAAUGGUGAAGGACAAAAAGACAAACAAGAUUCGUUAACAUUAAUUAUAUUUCCUCAUCUUAUUUUUCUUGAUUUGAACUCACAUGUUGAUUAUGCUGAACAAUUUCUCUUGGCUAAAAAGACUCAUUUACCUUGUUUGUUAGAUCUUUGCAUUACAUAUGAAUCACUUACAAUAUUAACAAACAAUUUUAUUACUGAUCCAAUGCAUUUCAAUUGUAGUCAAAUAAAAAAGCUUCAUAUAAAUGAACCGUUUGUUCGACCAAAAACUUUUCAUAAAUAUUUUCCGUUGUUAUAA